GUGCUGCAGCAGGAAGAUGUAAUCACGGAUGUGGGUUCCAGUACACUGUUGUACAGGAGAACAGCGCUGGCGGCAGAACUCUCCGCCAUGAAUCCAGAAGAACAGAUUGUGACAUGGCUUAUUUCACUAGGAGUCUUAAAUUCCCCUAAGAAAAUAGUAGGUGAUCCAGAGGGGUACCUGAAAACUUCUCUGAAAGAUGGAACUGUGCUUUGCAAACUCAUUAAUCGGCUUCUUCCGGGAUCUGCAGAGAAGUAUUGCCUGGAGCCUAAAAAUGAAGCUGAUUGCAUCAGUAAUAUUCAAGAGUUCUUGAAAGGCUGCACACUUCUGAAAGUGGAGGUGUUUGAUCCACAUGAUUUGUACACUGGAGAUAAGUUCUCCAAGGUCCUGAGCACAUUAACAGCUGUAAAUAAAGCUACUGAAGAUCAGCUGUCAAAAGGGCCAUGUUCACAUCUGUCCUCUCUUAACUCCGUGGCUGGAGACCCCUCGAGUGACUCCAACGGCACAGCUUCCCAGGCAGCACGGGUGUUCUGGAGGCAGUCCAAGCCUGUGGAGAUGACCGAGAAUGGCAGUCAUCAGCUGGUGGUAAAGGCCAGGUUCAAUUUUAAGCAGACCAAUGAGGAUGAACUCUCUGUUAACAAAGGAGACAUUAUUUAUGUCACCCGAGUUGAAGAAGGGGGCUGGUGGGAAGGCACCUUGAAUGGAAAAACAGGCUGGUUCCCAAGCAACUACGUCAGAGAAAUCAAAUCUACCGAUAAACCACUCUCUCCCAAAGCAUUAAAAGGGCUAGAAAACACUCAGCUGACAAAGAAUUAUUACCCUGUGGUGUUGCAAAAUAUUCUGGAAACAGAACGAGAUUAUGCAAAGGAACUGCAAUCACUUCUGGGAACUUACUUAAGACCCCUCCAGUCUUAUGACAAGCUCAGCGCCGGGGACAUUGCAGCAUUGCUGGGAAACAUGGAAGAAAUCUCUGCUUUUCAGCAAACACUGAACCAAGCCUUAGAAGAAGUUGCAAAGCUUCCUGAGAACCAGCAGCGUGUGGGAGGCUGUUUCAUGAACCUGAUGCCCCAGUUCCACUCCCUGUACCUGAUGUACUGUGCUAACCACCCUUCAGCAGUGAAUGUCCUCACACAGCACAGUGAUGAGCUGGAGAAGUUCAUGGAGAGCCAGGGUGCAGCCAGCCCAGGCAUUCUCAUCCUGACCACAAGCCUAAGCAAACCCUUCCUGAGGCUGGAUAAAUACGUGACACUGCUGCAGGAGCUGGAGCGGCACAUGGAGGAGGCGCAUGCAGAUCAUGAAGAUGUUUUGAAAGCAGUCUCAUCCUUCAAGUCCCUUGUGUCGCAAUGCCAGGACCUGAGGAAGAGGAAACAACUUGAGCUGCAAAUCCUUUCUGAAUCCAUCCAGUGCUGGGAAGGAGAGGACAUAAAAAUGAUGGGAAAUGUCAUCUACAUGUCCCAGGUUAUGGUGCAGUCUGGGGGAAGUGAGGAGAAAGAGGAGCGGUAUUUCUUGUUAUUUUCCAAUGUUUUGCUGAUGCUGUCUGCAAGCCCACGGAUGAGUGGGUUCAUCUAUCAGGGAAAGCUGCCUUUGACAGGAAUGACGCUGACAAAGCUGGAAGAUGCUGAAGGGAAUGAGCAUGUGUUUGAAAUCACAGGGAACAUGAUGGAGCGGAUCACUGUGUCCUGCAGCACCAGCCAGGACUUGCAUGAAUGGCUUGACCACUUGCAAAGGCUGACCAAAGGGACAUGCAGCACCGUCUCCAAAACACAGUCCUGGAGCCCUCAUUCAACAUUUAGUUCAGCUGGGCAGAUCCGUGGGCCUCUGGAACCUCCCAAAAUCAUCAAGCCCUGGAGCUUGAGCUGCCUCCGUCCUGCUCCUCCACUCAGACCAUCAGCGGCACUGAGUUACAAAGAGAGGAUGUCUUAUAUCUUAAAGGAUUCCAGCAAAAGUCCAAAAACAAUGAAGAAAUUUCUUCCAAAAAGGAAAACUGAGAGAAAACCAUCUGAUGAAGAGUUUGUUAUUCGGAAAAGUACUGCUGCGCUGGAGGAAGAUGCUCAGAUCCUGAAGGUGAUUGAAGCAUACUGUACUGGGGCAGGCUUCCAGCAAGCUCUCAGCUCAGGCUCUCGUAAAGACUCCAUCCCCCAAGUCCUCCUUCCUGAGGAAGAGAAAAUCAUCAUAGAGGAAACACGAAGCAAUGGCCAGACAGUCACGGAGGAAAAAAGCCUUGUUGACACAGUUUAUGCACUGAAAGAUGAAGUCAAAGAGCUGAAGCAGGAAAACAAAAGGAUGAAACAGUGUUUGGAGGAAGAGCUUAAAUCCAGGAAGGACUUGGAGAAGUUGGUGAGAAGGCUGCUGAAGCAGACAGAUGAGUGUGGCAGGGAGGACACAGGGCGCAAAUCAUCCCUGAUUGCCUGAAUUCAUGGAGAAGCUGCUGGCAGUGGUGUGUGAUCUCAGGUGUAUUUUUGGGAAGUGGAACUGGAUCCUUCGCCUCUUCUUGCUCCUUAUUUUGUUGGUUUGGGCUAUUUUGUUACCAGGAAAAAAAGAGGAAAAAAAAAAAAAGAGGAAAAAAAAGUAAUAGAGAAAAAAACUGGUUUUCUUCCAUCCAGUAAGGAAAUAAAGCAGAAACAAUCAAUCACAACUGAACCAGUAAGCAAGCGGUCCAUGAUUCACAAUUCAUCUGCAGCAACUAAUACCUCAUUGUACCUGCUACUGGGAGCAAAUACAAACUCUGCUAGUGAUUGUUGCUCACAAAAGCUUGGGCAGCAGUUUCAUAGAAGAAGCUUAAGCACUUUUUAAUGCUUUCAUUCUUUUCAAAAGCACCAGUACCUAUUUAUUGAAUGAAAACAUUACUGAGGUGGCAUUGAGCAGAAACCAAAAAAGCACCAUGCUUCUCUUUUCAGAUAAUCACAACUGGGGAAGCUUUUCCCAUCCAUCAUCUUUUUCCCCAUUAGUUGACUGUAGCGAACUAGAGCCCAGCAAUACUGUGGUUCCUGUGGCCUUGAUACUGAUUAAAAUGUGCAAUUAACAUGAAGACAUUUAAACUCCUUGGGAAAGCCAGAUCUGGAGCACCUGUCAGAGCAUAUAGGAAGGUAUUUUGCACAGUGCUGCCUCCUUACAGCUUGUGAUUAGCACAACAGGUAACUGCUGUUCUGCCCACCAUCCCUUUUCUUAUGCAUGAUGUAGAAUUUCUACCUGCUUUGUUUUCACAUUAAGUGUCCAGGUAUUCUAGGAGAUUAUAAUUUUGCUGUGCUUCCUCUUGCAGGACGUGCUUUUCUCCGUAUGAAAUGUAAACACUGCUUGACAACAAAAAACCCCAAAUGUGCUGGUCCCCUGCUCCCUUCUGCCCCCUUUAUGCUCUCCAUCACUUCUUCCCAAAGGUUGGGAAUGUAGCCAGUGGCCACUUCUCCCCACACCACCCCGCAGGGGUUUUCUGCUAGGGAAAAGGAACUUUCUCAUGAGAUAGGGAAGGUACUUAUGCUUUGAUAAGAGCUGGAACACUCCUGGGGCAAGGAUGUGCAACAUCCUCAUAGAUCCCUGCACAGCUCCUCGAACACAACACACAGGCAACAUGCAUAUGUAUCAGCUCUCCUUAUCUUAUUUGGUGUUAUAGUUUAGAACUGAUGUCUUCCUUCCUUCCUUCCUUCCUUCCUUCCUUCCUUCCUUCCUUCCUUCCUUCCUUCCUUCCUUCCUUCCUUCCUUCCUUCCUUCCCUCCUUCCUCCCAGCAUUAUAAAAAUAAUCUUCUGUUAAAGUUAACGAUAUCUUAUUUAUCUCACAGGGCAGCAUGGUCCCAGGGUGUGCAGAGGCACCACAGCUCAUUACAGUUACAGUUUUGUUGGUUGUGAAGGACAUAACAGAGGCACUAAUUACAACUCCCUCCUUGCCAUUAAAAUUUAGCCAGCCACAAUUUUGCACAUUAGCCAAUUGUGUUUUGGGAGAUGUAGACUCCAAAACAUGUCAAAGAGUGUAAUAAGAAACCCUCUUUAAGCUAUUUCUAGGGCAAAAUAGAGGCCUGGCUAUGUUUGCCAUCCCCAGAGCAUCCCAGUCAGAUGGGAGCUCCCCACAUCCCUCCCUGGCCACACAGUUGAGUGGUUUAGUCAGCAGUCAAACUCUGCUGUGCUUGGGAAUCAUAUUCCAAAAGCAGAACAUUUGCUGCACUUACUGCUUCUCGGGGAGGCCGUGCCCAGACCCUUGAGUACUGACUGGCCCUGCUGCCUGCCCCAAGCUGGGCUGGGGACUAGGCUGCUGCCAUGCAGAAAAAAACAAGGGCCACUGACACUCCAGGGAGAGGGUGGAAAUGUGUCCUCACUGCCCCCAGGCUCAGUUGAAACCUGUGCUAUGUACAUAUGCAUGUUUGUGAGAUGUAAUAUGAUGCAGGGCACACUGGGACUUUUUGCAUCAAGCAUUUGUCAAGAGCUAGAAGUCCAAAAAAGACAAGAAAAUAAAAUAAAAAGGAAAAGAAGCCAUGCCAGAUGGACAGCAAUGUUUCCAUAUUUACUUUGUUUACAGUGCUUUGUAGAUAGGUUCCAGUGAGUCUGUCUUUACAUGGAUGUUGUGUCAGCUGCCUUCCAGUAUCUUUGUCAUGUAGGUUUAUUUACUGUAAACUACUUAUGCAAGCUCAACUUUUCUAACAUGUUUUUAUUUUGAACAGUUUUUAAAUUGACAUUUUCAACAAAUAAAGAAGGAUAAAAGCC